AAGCAUUUUGUUCCACCCGACUCCACCUGGAUAAUACUUAGGAUACUUAGAAUACUGGAUACUUAGGAGCGUCUUGCCAGACGCUUGGGUCAAGGAGAUAAAGCUGCAUUCCCUGCAAAUAGGCAUUUAGGAGGUGUUGUCGGUGGCUCUCGAAUCCGUAUUUUGCUCGGAUUGCCUGGUACGUUGUUGGCAGUUCACUGAAAUCCAGCAGCUAUCAGGAGAUAGUAGAUAAACUCCGGGACGUUAUGCAUGCAGCUAGCUUGGAGUAUUUUAUCAGCUGCCCUUGCAUCACUCGUUCCGGCCGCGGUUGCGACACCCUCCGAUAGGCGAAGCUCACCCUCGUAUCUCUUGUAAGACAGAUAGCAAGACUGGUCGGCACCCCGAGAUGGCUUCCAACGUCGGGACCGAGCACGCUCGUGUCGAGCAUUUGUUGACACGGUUUUUCCACCCGGAAACAUCAAAUGCAGAGAAACAAGCGCUCGAGGCGGAGAUGCGCGAGCUACAAAACACCAGCUUUACUUGGCAGUUUUGUCUAGCGAACAUGAAUCAAUUCAUGAAUCAGUAUUUGUGGUUCUUUUCCGUGCUGACGGUCGAGAAUACCGUAACACACCGGUGGAGCGAACUGACUCCGAUCGAGCGUCUUCAGCUACGCGAUGCGCUAUAUGCUCUCUACUCGGGCUAUGCGGUUGAUGUACCGGCGCUGCAGCGCGAGAAAGUUGCCCAACUAGUGGCAAUGGUCGGUCUGCGGCAGUUCCCGGACGAGAACCCACAAUACUUGGAUGACCUCCUGCAACUACUGCAGGCGAAGUUCAACCUCGGGCUUACGCUGUGCCGAGCUACCGGUGAUGUGAUAACGCGCAAUCACACCGAUGUACCGAGCGAGCGGCAAAAGCGGUUUGCCAACGCCAUCAAUCAACACAUUCCACAGUUGCUAGCGAAACUGACUGAGCAUUGUGCCUUUUUUGCCCAGCAACUGAAACACAAUCAAAGCAUUGAGCAAUCGGACUCCAUCGCAAGCCAUCUAACAGCCGGUGGGAUUGAGCUCAAACGCACGGAGCAGUACACGAUGGAGCUACUGCAAACGUUGCAGCAGUUUUUCACGUGGGCCCCACUGACAGCGAUGCAGGACACGUUGCUCUGCAGCAUCGCAUCCUUGGCACAAUGCGUGGAAGCAUAUCUGGACAUUGCGAUCGCCGCCCUAUCGACGCUGGCCGAGUUGCUGUACAGCCACAAGGUGUUCCCGCAGCGGGCGGCAAUGGUAGGUGCGAUACUGCCACUGCUGGCCCAACCCAACGUCUGGCAGGCGGACGAGAUGUACCAGGAUAAGCUGACGGAUAUUGUGCGCCUGCUGGUCGAACGCGACUGGUGCCAACGGUUUAAUGACAAAGAAUUUCCAGCGGCAGAAUUACUGCAGCACCUGCACACGUUUACAUUCAGCGCGUAUGGUGCGCUUGCGUUCGCCGAUCGGCUUAGUUGCUGGCGUCCGAUCGUCCGCAGUGGCCCGGAGGAAGAUGGUCUCGAUAUCACACGUCCGCGCGACGUGUGGCAGCAUGGAACGGGCAGGGAGCUGGUAAAUAAGGAACUACUGCGCACGAUCGGAAGUGCGAUCCAGGUGGUCGGAAGCUACACACUGUCCCGUAUGCUCUUCCAUCACGACAGCAAGCAGCUACUCGAAUCGCUCGACAACGAGGAAUUAGAUGAUAAUAGUGAAACGGAGCUGCAACAUUACUAUAAUCAAUGCCUGGAUCUGGUAGAACUGAUUGCCCAAUACCAUCCAGUUUACAUCACCAAUAUCGUGUUCGAGGUCAUCGGUAACACCGCCCUUCCCUAUCAGCAGGUGUUCGAGAUGUGCAAAAUUCUAAACCGGUUGCGCACUCCUAGCACACCACCGGAGCUGGUUGACCCGGCAAAUUUCACACGCAUCCGCUACCAGUUGCGAGACUUUUCGAGCAUAUGCCAGAUGCUGGUGCGGCUGUGUGCCCCACUACGUGGUAGAUAUCAGUCGAUCGAUGCCUCCAUCGAUUGGGUCAUUUCUGAUCAGCUGUGCCUUUUUCUUGCUAUUACCGACGAAGUGCCGGCUGAUCGGUUCUUCUGCCGCGCUGGCCCAUCCCUAGCGCGAGAUUUCGUUCAAAUUACCGCCCAGCUGUUGGUGUGCCUGCAGUCGCUGCUCCAGUUGGGCUCCGGAGAGCAACCGUCACCGCAUAAUGCGUACAUUGUGCAGCUCUUUAUGCACGUUGCUAGAUUGUUGGCACCGCUCGAGCGGCUGGAACAAAGCCAAUGGAGCAUACUGGCUUUGGCGGCAUCAAACUUCCUCUGCCACGCGAGCAGCAAACGGCAUCUAACGCAUUACCUGUUAGAGUGCAUGGAACCGCUGUACUCAACAAAGCUUUCACACCUCGACGUUUACAGUGCAAAGCGACUGAAUAAGGCCAUCUGUACAUGCUUCGUCAGCCCUUGGAUACAUCCAGUCAACCAGGAUGCUGCAGUGUGCCAGAAGCACGAACAGCUGUUAGCUCAGUAUGUUCUCACAAGGGCACAAGAUUUGCUUCGUCUCGAGCCAUCCGAUCCAGACUGGUGCCGUUUGCUCGCUACUGGAGUGCAAUCGGAGCAUGAACACCAAACGGCCGGGGCACAAAAUACCCCAGUGGGCACCAUUGAGAGCAUUAAGACGGAGAUCAGCUAUCUGACAGAUUUGAUCGAGAAUUUUUCCGACUACAACGGAGUGGUGAAAGAACGGCUCGUGAAUGCAUAUCGACCCAUCAUUGAGAAGGUUCUCGGGUUGUAUCAAGCGAUCAGUGCCGCCAGACAGACAACCGGUACCACUGCCUUCAUGCGGCAGCUGUUGGAUUUUUCUCACAGCGUGAUCAGCGUGCUGCAAGUGCAACUAGGUGAAACGUUCUUGCGUGUCAUAGUGCACGUGUUCGUAGACCGCUUUGAGAGUGCCACGGUGACGUGCCUUCGUUUGCAAUCCGUCAGCACACUGCUGGGCAUCUUUCAGUUGAUCGUGGACCACCCGCGUAGCUACCGUGACCUGAUGCCCGCUAUAAUCGACUUUAGUGUGUUUACUGUAUGGCCGCUGUUUCGGGACCAAAGUGAAGUGAUUUUAGACGAGAAACUGCGGGAUGAGGUGUGCCAGGCGCUGUUUAAAAUUUUUCACUCGUUGCUGCACGAGAGAUUUGAGCUGUUUCGGCCAUCAUCCAAUGGCAGUGGUGGUGAUUUAGCCACCGUAAGAGAUUCCCAAAGACUUGAGGCGAUCCUAAACAUCUACGGACUUGUUAUCAUGGGAUCGAGCGAUGCUCAGCUUGUUAACGAGGUGCUCCAGUCGAUGCAAGCGAUCCAGGAACGUUGGCAACUGUUUCAGCUGCCAGUCUUCCGUACGCAGUUCCUUGGUUCUUUUGUGACAACGCUGCUCCGGAAGCUGGUCGCUGCUGACGGCAUGCUUUAUUCUGGGGCUAUAAUGAACCUGCUUUACUCUAUGACUCGAGCAGGGGACGAUUGUAAGCAAGAUCAGCUUGACGCGGCCAUCCAAUCCUUGAUGCUUGCACCGGACGCAGCAAACGAGCUAAAUUCUGUGAUGAAAGCAACGGACUACCCUACGUUUGCACAGCAGCUAGACAUCUUCAUUCAUGAUAUGCACAUACAACAAAAGCAGUAACCGGUGGUGGUAUUCCUAUUGACAGAGAACAUUUUCUCGCUCCUGUUAACGCUUAACAGGAGCGCGCGCCGAACAAAUUCUCUCCUGUUAGACAUUUAACAGGAGCGAAUUCGAGCUCCGGAACUUGACUCUAAUUCCUUCCUGUUAAAUGUCCAACAGGAGAGAAUUUGUUCGACGCGCACUCCUGUUAAGCGUUAACAGGAGCGAGAAAAUGUUCUGUCUCAUCGGGAUUCUUACCGUUUUUAUCCGCCAAUUGCGCGAAAAUUAAUUAAAGUAUUGUAAAUUGAUUCUUAGACCUAAGAGUGUUUCUACACACAGCCAAAAUUUGCGCUGCGAGAGCGCAAUUGCCG